GAGGCCAGAAGCCCUCGAGAGCUCUUCCUGUAAGCGCCAGUGUUAACUUUUUUCCCUCCGUCUCUCGAAGUGAGUUACUCCCCGCAUUUCUCCGCGAGUGGAUUACCUUUGAAUAGAACAGAGGCCGGAACGUCGUCCCCGUCGUAGAUGAGGAUUUAAGCGCAGAUUGAAAGCAACGCCACUUCCAAUAACAUCAUGACGGAGUACUGGUUACUGCUGCUGGCUCUGAGCCUGGUCGGAGCUCUGAGCCCGGUACCGCACCAGACGAGCGAGGAGUCCCUCAGGUCGGCCCUGAACGCCGUCACCAGGAAGCAGAGGUCACUCAAUGCUAACGCCCAAGCUUAUUACGCCGACCUGACGCCUUACGGUGCUGCUGCCGUUGCUGGCGGCGGAAAGUUGCAGAGGCAACAGGUCGGCUCCUCCGGCAGCAAUGCUGGGAACGACGAGAUCGAUGACAACGAGGAGAGCCUCGCUUUCAUACCUAACGAGGGCGUCGGUCAGCUGGAAACCAUCGGCGACGGAUACCAGCAUCUGAACAACAAGCAGUUCAAUCGCGCCUUGAUGGAUUAUCUGCAGUACACCAAUGAUCAGGAAGCGCCAACUCAAUCGAUGUUCCGCGAACGCGAGCGCAGCGGCAGCCACAAGAGAGGCGGAAAUUCCGGAACCGGUAGAAUCAGCGACAAAGACCUGGCUAGAAUGCUUCUGGAGGACAUCAACAACGACUUCCUCGAAGACCAGGGCCAGCUCGACGACGAGGACUACCAGAGGACCCUCGAGAUGAUCUACGACAAGUACAACAAGAACCAGCCGGAUAACAAUGCUUACGGUGACGACCAAAUGCUUCUGAGCGAAAUUAUGGGCGAUGAGGAGCGUGACGAAGAGCAAGACCCGCGAUACGCUCACAUCCCGAUGGCCGAGCGCAGAAACGUCAACGCUAGGUAUCCGCUCUUCAGUCGAGAUUACAAGAACUACCGGGACGUGUACAAGCGGUUCCCCGUGACUAAGAGAAGCGCCAAGGCCAUGAACAAGAAGCGACAGACCACCGAUCCUAAGGUGGCUCAAGACUUAGGUGGCCUCUUCGGCACGCAGUCGACGGAGACGGUCAAUCACACCCAUGAUCACGAUCACGAUCACGAUCACGAUCACGAGCACGGCCAUGACCAUACUCACGAUCACGAUCACAAUCACGCCAAGAGCGAUAAUCACUCUGAGCACGCGCACGAUCACUCCACCGAGUCAACCAAGUCCAACAGUAAGAACGUCAAAGAGAGCAUAGCCAAGGCAAGCAAGACGAACAAGGAGCGACCGAUCGAAGUGAAAAAGAAGAGCGUCGACUGGUCGGAGUACUUCGGUAUCGAUCGCAGGAAGAAGAAGGCCGUGUACAUGGCCAAACCUGGAACUCAAGACCAGGACGACGAGUACCUGCUCCAGAAGUACUACGAGAUAAUGGCGGAGAACCUGAAACCCGUGGACAAGGACAGCGGCGAGAAGCGCGACAAGUUGCACCAGAUGGACUCGAAGCUGCGCAACAUGAAGAACCUGAUGAUCGAGGAGGCUGUUCAGGUCGGCUCGAAGAACAACAUGGAUAACCAGGAGGUGAAGGAAGAAAUCAUGUCCCGACUCGCCGCAGCUUACUCUCUGGAAAAGCUCCGCAGAGCUUUGUACGAGCUGAGCAGAGACGCCGCUGCGCAGAGGGAGAAGGCCGCACAGGCGCAGAACAACCUGACGGCUAAUCAUCCGGUCGAGGGAAAUCCUAAUGAAGACAAGCGAAACGGGAACGUCAUUGAAGACUAUCAGGGUAUCGAAGAGGAGACCAGCUGUCCUCAGGUCGACAUAAUCGAGAGGCGCUGCAAGGCCACCGAGGCUCUGAUCGGAGACUUCAGACAGGUUCUCCAUGUGCCCUGCGUCCUCUACCACAUUUGCAGUGCCUGCGACCAAGACGAGUGCUUGGAGAGGUUUGCCGUUGAGGCCGAGAAGAUCUGCCAAGAGGAGGACAUGGACGACAGUCUGGCAUCGAAGAAGCAUUGCGUACAAGCCGCGAUGCUGCUGCCUCGCUACGCCCCAUCGAUCUCUAGGUCUGCCCUGUGCCGUUCCGACGAGGAAGAUGCCUGCAUUGCCCGCUACCAGAGCCGUUACCAACACCAGCAGCAACAGCGCAACUACCUCUACAACAACAACAACAACAACAAUAAUCCCUACGCGCGUCAUCGCUCUGUCUACGAUCUCGCCUCCUCUAAUAAGCGAUAAGUAAAUCGUCGAGAGUAAAAACCUGAUGACGAGGAUGCACAAGCUCCCGUACGAUCUUCCGUCGAAAUAAUAAAACGAAAUCGAGAUGUAGCACGCAGUCUUCGAGUCAUGCUCAGUUUUUCUUCUCCUCAUGUAGGACAUACGAGAUAUAUAAGUAUACUUAAUUACACGUAGUCGCGAGCGAAUGUUUUGAUGUGGUCUGCUUUGGAUUUUUAGGGACCGUUACAAGUAAUCGUCUUCUAAGCGUAUACUACUAAUAUUAAUGGUUGUAAUUAAGUCUGUAAAAGAUCAAACGGGAUAAAGCGUUUCGUUAUAUAAUAGAAUAUACGAGGUACCUUGAGAACGUCUAAAGGUAUAUUUUGUUUAUGAUAUGAUACGGAACAGCAUUGAUUAGAUUGAGACUAUAUAUAUUUUGAUUGAAGAGAGUAUAUUUUUGCGAUGAUGGAUUUAAAAGAAAAAAAAUUAGCUCAGCCUCCGAUAGAAGAAUGGAAAAUUUAGUUAGCUAGAUGAAUCACACUCACACUAGUGCAUGGGUCAAGAACCAAAAAUUAUGAUCCUACUGCAUUGAGUGCACAGUUGUAUAAGGUACACACAUCCCACUUCCAAUGUAUGCGCCUAAUGACGUCUAAACUGGCUUACCUCUCAAUGCUGAUUUGAAGUGAGGUUGGCGAUAGUUUCGUAACUUAAUUAAAUAUUCUCUGCACAAUAAAAGCACCUGCAGAUAAAGCAACAGGAACACGGAGAGAGAGACUCAAUUGCCAAACCUUGUACCCGAAAAUCAAAGCUCAUUGUGGAGUUGUUAACACGAUUUUGACAAAGACAAUAAUUGCUGAAAUUAUACAAGGUUUAUCAUGAUUCAUUAAAGUUUUUCGAGGAUUUUUUCAAAUUGUUGAAUUUCUUGUUUGUCUCUAUAAUGAUGUUGAAAAUUCAAUGUUGAAUAGUAAUGGAAAUUUAAUUCUAGACCUUUCAGUAAUCUUAAGUGCUAAUCCACAAUGAGUGAUAUAAGUGGUGAUGAGGUAAAUACAAUAUAUAAGAUCAUAUGUGUAUAACUUACUAAAUGUUGUAGUAAAGUAAUAAUUAAAAUCUGUCAUCAACCAGCUAAGACAUCAUUGUUGCAUGUGUUUCCUCACAAACGGUGUACAACAAUAAUAAAGAAGUUCCAUGGCGAUAAAUUUGAUCAGUUGAUAGUCUUACGUGAUACGAAUCUCAUGUUUUGUGGUAAAAGCGUUUUCAUAUAUUUGUUAUUGAUGGAAGAGUGAUGCACAGGUUUCCUAAUUGAAAGUCAUCUUUGGACAAUGCAAAUCCAGUUUUGCGUCCUUGUGAACUGAAGUAACGACAUGUUCCAAAGAGUCGUACAAAACUUUAAAGACAUAUUAUAUAUAUAUAUAUAUAUAUAUAUAGAUAUAAAUAUAAUAUAUAUAUUAAUAAAAAACCAAAACUUAAAUAUAAUAUAAUAUUUAUAUAUAUUAUUAUAUGCAAUCCUAAAGUCAUAGCACAACUUCCACAGCCUUCUCAGGAGCCUUAAUUUUAGAUAUACCUAUGCACAAGACUUCUGAGACAUGGAAAUCCACUUUUACUGUGCUCUGACCAUGGCUGAGGUUACUGUUUGUUCAUUUAAAAAAAAUGCUAUAUAUUAUAUAUUAACACGAUGACUAUGUAUAUGUUUAUGUUGGAAAAAUAAUUAUAUGUAUAUCAGCCUCAUUCUGUGCGACUAUGUCUACUAAUAAAUAUAUUUAAACAUAA